CGCGUCAGCUGGGCGUGCGCGGCCGGGCACUGUUUGCAUCGUACCUUCCCAAAAUCGACCGGAGAAACCCUCUGCACGCGUCUGUCCUCCACAACACAACACCACCACCACACACCAGUGAUAGCCUCUUCAAUCCACCUGUAGCUUGCCCAACGACUUUCUUUCAGAAUGCCAGGGAGGAGAGACCGCAAGCGUCGCCCUCAGCAUCACCUCCAGCUCCAGCACGAGCGUCGGCAAGAGGACGUCAACAAUAUGUUUUCGACGCUGGCCAGCAUCGCAGAUGAAGAGAAUGGAGAACUGAAUGCUCACCUGACCGAGAGAUUCGGCAUGAUGGUGAUUGCCGACAUCAACGACUCGCGCCUCCGGCCGCCUACCACGCGGGUAGUUAAAACCACGAACGAGAUUCGUGAAUACUACAAGGAACCACAGGCGCCUGUGGUCGGUGGAAACUGGGUCAGCAAGCCCGAGAUCCCCACCCCAGACGAGAUAAUGAUGCCGUCUCAUGCGGUGGACAACCGUGAGACCAUCAUCGAUGUAACAGAAGGGAAAAGCCCACUGCGUCCGAAUAAGGUCCUCGGUGCCUACGAGAGCAUCGAUGAGUACCUGGGGACGCAGUAUGAUCUCAUAAGAGAAGAUGCCAUCGGUCCGCUGCGGGAGGCCGUCAGACAAGUUCGCGAGUCGCCGUACCUCGAUGAGGUCGAGUAUGAAGGCGGCAGCAUCGGAUUGUAUGAGCCAGUCUAUAUCACUUCAGUCAUCUUUUCUCCGCGCGGAUUGGCCGUCAGAAUCGCCUUCUCCCUAAGCCGAGUCAAGAAAUAUAUCCGCUGGGAGCAGUCGAAGCGUCUGAUCACGGGCACCCUCGUGGCUCUGUCACCAGCAGACGAUUGCUUUCAGUCCAAAUGCUUGCUCGCUACGGUUGCCGCCAGGCCUCUGUCUGCGCUACAGCAAAAUCCACCCGAGAUCGACCUUUUCUUCGCCCGCCCCGAGGACAUAUCGAUAGACCCCAUGCAAAAGUGGAUUAUGGUUGAGGCUCGGUCAAGUUUCUAUGAAGCCAGCCGCCAUACCCUACAGGCACUUCAGCAUAUGAGCCGGGAACCAUUCCCUCUCCAAGAGCACCUUGUCGGCUUGGACAAGAACAUAGAAGCACCAAGGUAUCUGCAAAAAAAUCCAUAUGUCGACAUGAGUCCCCUUGUUGCUAUGAACGAGGAGGACGCAUUCCAAAAUAUCAACGUUCUUACGGACUGGCCUGACUCGAAUGCCCACGGGCUCGAUAAAUCCCAAUCAGAGGCGCUGAGAAUGAUGUUGACUAAACGCCUUGCUACUGUCCAAGGCCCGCCUGGUACUGGCAAGACCUACGUUUCCGUCGCGGCCUUGAAGAUUCUUCUGGCGAAUACGGCAAGAGAUGACCCACCUAUCAUCGUCACUUGUCAAACGAAUCAUGCACUUGACCAGUUGCUGCUUCACGCUGCAGAGUUUGAAUCUCAGUUCAUUCGACUCGGCGGCCGCUCAAAAGAUAGGGGCAAGAUCAAAGAACGCACUCUGUACGCAGUCCGUAUGAGCUUCUCCCAACCCAAGACUCCACAUUCCCUUCGAUUGCAGAGCCUAGCAGCGCAUAGGCGGUUGACUAAGGAAAUGCAACUGUUGUUGGCCCCAUUGGAAGCUGGUCAACCUCCCUUGGACCACAGACUGCUUAUGAGGCUUGGGGUGCUUACCGUGAAGCAAGGCGAAUCCCUGGAAAUGGACUCCUUAUGCGCUAUGGGUAUCCCCGCCGAUUCUCCGGGCAUUCAAAUGGAGCAGUGGAUCGGGAGAUCUUUGGUUCCUUGCACUCAUCCAAUGCGUCCAGACGACUUCGGCACACAAUUUGAAGAGGAUGAUUUCGAGGUGGAGCAGCUUCAGGAACUUGAGGCAGAAGCUGUGGCGCAAGACGACGAGGACUUUGAGACACUGAGGGGGGAGCGGACUCUGCUCAAUGACAACGUCAGAGGCAAGCCAGGAACUCGUGAAGAUGAUGAGCUCAUCGAAUUGCUAAGACACACUGAUGACCUCUACACUAUCCCUGUCAGGGAUCGCGGCUCUCUCUACAACUAUUUCCAAAGAGAGACAAAACGGCUGCUUUGCGAGAGGUUCCGUGUGCUCGCAAAAGAGUAUCAAAAAAUCGUUCUGCAACUCAAGAUAGCACGUUGGGAGCAGGAUUACGGGAUCUUGCGAGAUCAGAAGUUGAUCGGGAUGACUACGACGGGUCUCAGCAAAUACCGCGCACUUAUUGCUGCCCUCCAUCCAAAGAUUGUCAUGGUUGAGGAAGCUGCAGAGACACUUGAAGCUCCAGUGACUGCGGCCUGUCUCCCAUCUCUAGAACACCUUAUUCUGGUCGGUGAUCAUCAGCAGCUGCGGCCUCAUUGUCAGGUCCGGAACCUUGAAGAUGAGCCGUUCAAUCUCAACUUCUCGCUCUUCGAACGUAUAGUUCUCAAUGAACUCGAAAUGGCUUGCCUCACAAGGCAGCGACGGAUGAUUCCGGAAAUUAGACGUUUGCUCCAACCUAUCUAUGGAAAGAAUCUCGAAGACCAUCCGACGGUGAAGAACUCGAAUAACCGUCCACCUGUGGAGGGCAUGGGAUGUGUUAACUCGUUCUUCUUUCACCACGAAUGGCCAGAGUCCGUCGACGGCAACAGGUCAUCCAUGAAUGAAAAAGAGGCCGACAUGAUUGUAGGAUUCGUUGACUACCUCGUCCUAAAUGGCAUCGAUCCUGCUAAAAUCACCGUCUUGACAUUCUAUAACGGUCAGCGAAAAUGUAUUGCCAGCAAGUUAAGCAAUCACCCGAACCUGAAGAGUCCCCACAUAGCACCAAUCAAGGUGGUAACGGUUGACUCCUACCAGGGGGAGGAAAACGAUAUCGUUAUCCUCUCACUAGUCCGAUCCAACAAGCGGCACAAUAUCGGCUUCCUGUCUGUUGACAACCGCGUGUGUGUCGCUUUAUCACGCGCAAGGAGAGGAUUCUAUCUGUUUGGCAAUGCAAGAAUGCUAGCCUGCGAAAGUGCUACGUGGGCUGAAGUCGUGGAGACUAUGUAUGGAAAGAAGGAGUCAAGUAAAGAGGACAAGCGUCGACAUCUAGGAUUCUUUCUCCCAUUGCAAUGCCAGAGACAUGAGCGUAAAGUCUUCAUGCAAGAGCCUGAAGACUGGGAACUAAUCAACGGUGGGUGUGAUAUGAAAUGUCGCUGUCUGCUGCCGUGCGGGCAUAUCUGCAUGAAACGCUGCCAUCCAUUCGCCGCAGAUCUGAUCAACUGCACGCAGAAGUGUACGAAACGAGUGGAAAUGUGCGGCCAUCCAUGCACUAAGCUUUGCUGCGAGCAAUGUGCCUGUCAGAGAUGCGAUAUCCGUAGCGACGGUACCCAUCCCAUGCUGAAACCCAUGCCGCGGAAUGGCGCGCGGGCUCCCAAGCAGUUGCCUCCGCCUCCACCUGUUCCUCUGCUGGGCGAGACUUCGGGAGAUCCGAGCCACGGUGUCGGGGACUGGCAUGCCUACGCCAACGGAGGCCACGCAGCCGACGAUGCCGAAUUCGUCCGCAAACUGCAAGAGGGGAAUACGAAGUAUGUCGAAACUAAAACUGCAGCCGAAGCUGCCGACACGGGGAAAUUGAUCGAGCUGUCACCGGCCACGGAGAAAGUUGCAGCAUCAUCACAGAAUGCGGAGCUUUUGAUCGAUGUGGAUGCAGGUGUUGGGGGUGGUUCUCAGACUUUGGAGGCCCAGCCGAAUGGAACUUCGUAUGCUGCUGCUGCUGCUGCGGGCAAAAAGGGCAAGAAGAAGAAGACCAAACCUGUGCAGAAUCUGCUGGAUUAGGCGUCUCGCGCGCCUGCCUGGCAGAACUUCUACUACGCUAUGCUAUCCCGUGGUCAGGCUUCCUGGAAUGGACGUGGUAGAGAAUACGG